GCGGCGGAGAUGCACCUCAUGGAUUUGUCUCCGGAACAGCUCUACUUCCCUUCUCAGGGCUACAUCCACCCGGCCAUCCUCCCCUACCUCCACCACUGCCUCGCUUCGGGGGCGCCCUCUUCCGUCUUGCAGAGACAGGAAGAACACUACCCGAGGUUUGAGAAGCCUCCAUAUUCCUACAUCGCCCUCAUCGCAAUGGCCAUAUCUUCGUCUCCCGAGAGGCGGCUGACGCUGCGCGGUAUCUACAGGUACAUCCUGGAACGGUUCCCGUACUACCGGGAGAACCAGCAGGGAUGGCAGAACUCCAUCCGCCACAACCUCUCCCUCAACGACUUUUUCAUCAAAGUACCCAGAGAGCGGGGGGAGGGCGGCGGAAAAGGAAGCUACUGGACUCUUGACCCUGUCGCUGCAGCCAACAUGUUCGAGAGGGGCAACUUCCGGAGGAGGAGGACCAGGAGGCACCGGGAUAUCCUUCAUCCGACACAUUAUGAAGAAGGGCCACUAGAGCUUGUAAAUAAGAAAACAACGGUCACAACCAACACUUCUGACUCCAACGUCAUCACAAUAGAAAUCAGCACAGAACCUCAGAGCAAAGUGAUGCUGACAACACCCAAACAACAAAAAAACAAUUCACCAUUCACCAUAGAAAACCUCAUCAAGACAAGUGACUCCAAACUACAGACAGCUCAAUGAGCUUUCGAAGACUUUAAUUGUGUAGAUUAGUGAACUUAAAUGUUUACCUCCUACCAUUUAUGCUUUUUAAAUUGUACAUAUAUUUUUUUUUAUACAUUUUAUGUUCUUUAUUUAUAUGUAAAUAGAUAGUUGUAUAUAGUUAAGUGUUACUAUUAAGAGCAGUUUUAAAUAAAUAUAUUUUUGUUUAAACAGCAUAAUGCAAAUUGGCAAAAAUAUUUGUAAUCACCUCUUUAAUGCUACAGAAAAAUUUACUUUCAAAAUUCAAUCUCGUAGAGUUAUAUUUAAGUUUGAUUAUUUGUUCUAUGUAAAUGAAUUUAGAACCAAAGAUAUAAACAUAUAAACUGUAGUAAAUAAUUUGAAAAAUCAAUAAAUUAUUUUCCAUUUGUUUAAUAAUUCCAGUAUAUGAUUAAAUAUACUGAAAAACAAAAUGUAAUUAGUAUGGAAAUACAUAUUUUUAGGAAUACAAGUAUUAUUUGCUAUAAUAUAACAAAAUUACAACAAAAACAUGACACAAUUUUUGCAUACUUGUAAUUUUGAAUAACAUCAGGCUAAUUUUUACAUUUUUAAUCAAUAUUUUUAUCAAGACCUUAAGUAUCUAGAUGACUCGAUCACAAGAUACAGCUUAGUAAACAAAUUUUGCAUAUUACAAACAUAUUCUAUUAUUUUUAGCCAUUAUCAUCAAGAUAUUUAAGAGUCACAACAGUCCCUCCUACUUUAUGUUACAAAUGUAAUUUGUGACACAGUCAUUAAGGAAAAGAAAGGGUUCUAUUAUCUGCUUGUCAUAUACAUCAACAAACAACCACAGAGUCAGUAUGCUAUAUACAGAUACAGAUUUUCAAACUUGAUAGUGUUCAUUGGUUUUUAUGAUACUUAAUACAUCAAUGUAAUUUCACAUGAAUAUUUUUUUUUACUUUUUUUUUAAAAUACUCUCAAUUCGUAUAAAUUUACAUGAGCAAUAACUCAUCUAUAGUUCAGAUUAUUUGAUACUUGAAAUUAUAUAAGGAAAUAUUUAUUAAAUUAGUCUACUAUCAAUAUACCUGAUAGAAAAACAAAUUUAUAAAUAUAUAUAAAAUGAUUCUUGUUCAACCAAACACUUAAAAUAACUAGAUUUUAUGAAGUAUGGAUAAAAUUGAAAAAUUAAAUAUGCAAUAUAAUAAUGAAUUAAUUGUUAUAUCAUAUUUGAAAAUAAUCCAGUCUUCUAUCAAGAAUCUUACAUCAUAAAGAGAAAAUCAUUUCAAAUAUACAAUUAGGAAGGUUAUUAAAAUAUUGAUAUCACUGAAAUUAUUAAGUAAAAAUUUAAUAAGGAUAAAGUAACCUAUGUCAGAAAGGAACAAAAAUUAAGAAACAUCGAGAGGAAGACAGUUAUCGGCAUGGCAAGGAUGGAGGUUGAAUAGCUGUGAAUAAAAAGGUUCUCGGAAGGAUCAAGGAAGACAUAAAUAGUCUGUAAAUGUAACUCAUGGCUUAGAUAAUAAUCUCCCCCUCCCCCAUAAGUAGUCAUUGAAAGGACUCGAUAUUUUAUGUAAGUCACAUCUUAGAGCAACUGUUUCACAUCAGGGUCAAUGGCAAAGGAUAAUAUUGAUUGAUACAUUACAAAUAAUUUAUCACCAUUAUCAACUGCCUUAAAACCACUGCAACAUAACAACUUUUUAUGAUUAAUGGGGGCACUAUAAAACUACAAAUCUUCCUCACCUGCAGUAGUGACGAAGCAAAAAGUCAAUUACAAGUAUUUUUUUCAACCAUUAUAUAUAUAAAAAAAUAUUUUUAUUGUUAUUACUCCUAUAAAUUAUAUUUAAUUAUUAUUUUUUUAAAUAAAGGAAGAACAGAUAUCCUAAAUUUGUCUAGGAGAUACUUGAACAUCAAUCAAUAUUUUCUAAGUAGGUACUUACCUAUUCUAUUUAGGUUGAAAAUGGAAACAAAUCAACAGGAUAUGUACAAAGUCCAUACAAUAUUAGAAGCCACUUAUAUUUAAAAAAAAAUGGUGUUUUUACAUUAAAAAAAUGUAAAAAGGUUUGAAUUCAUGAAUAGUGAGGUCCUACUAAGUCUCUAAUAACAGUUCCUUUCUGUAUUUAGAUCCAGGCUAAAGGACUAAAAGUGAGAAAAGAAGUUUAGGAAAUUACAAACUAAUAAAUGUUAAGAAAAUGUAAACAAUCUGUAAGAUUUAGAAUAUUACUUUAAAUUUGUGUCCAUAAAAGACUAAAGAAAAUGGAAACUUACAUUUCGGUUCUGUACAUCAAAUCAUUUAUAAUUAUUAACAAACUUUGGUUUUAUGUGGUGGCAUAGAUAUUUAAUUUAUGUUUAUACUAAAAUUCUCAAUUAUAGGCUAAUGUAUUUUUUUUAUGCUAUUUCUGUCUCAAACAUCACGUCCUUGGUUCUAACAGUAAUGGUUAAUCGAGGUUUACUGAAUAAAUUAAACAACUAGAUCCAAGAAAAAUAAUAAAUAAAAAAAUGAAUGUUUGACAAAUCAGUAACAUAAAUUAGCUCAGAUGAAGUAUAGUAAUUGAGUGUCCUCAUAUCAAAGAAAUCUGUCAUUUUAAGAAAGUGCAUAAAAACUCAAUAUUUUUUUUAUAGGUUCAACUCAAACUGUUUCUCAUGACUUUAUUUAAGAAUCUUCAAGUUUAAUCAUCAUAGAAAAUCAUCAGAAACAGUUUAACCUACAAAUCAAAAAUUGGCUUUUCCCAACAUUUUAAAAAUGAUAGAUGUCCAUCUUUAUACGAUGGACUCAGAUAUUUAAUAGAUUUAUUUAGUUAUUUUCCACAUUCCAUUUCUAUAGAAUAAUGUGUCAGUUUAUCUUUAUUUAAUAUCACAUUAGUAAAAUUUCUCUCUGGGAAAUGAAAUAUUUUGACUUGCUCCACCACCCACACAAUAGCUUCAUUAAUGAUUACUAAAUUGUAUUUGGAGAUUAAUGCAUUUGUAAUUUAAAAUAAAGAUUAAUAUAAAAGAAAUA